AGAUUCCAGCAGAACAAUUGUGUCAAUUGUGUUUUUGGCUUUAUUCACUUUCAUAUGGCCAAGUAGAGUUGCGCUGGUCUAGUUACGGGUGUCUCUGCUUCUAGUGGUCUCUGCUGUUCUGUUUUUGUUUCACAGAAAACGUGCAGCUGGAAUUUCCUUCAUGGGGUUUAAGGUAGCAUAGGAGCUCCAAAUAUCAAAAUUCCAAAGUUGAGUUUUGGAAAAGCAAGAGUUGAUAAUUUAAAAAUGAAUAAUGUAAGAAUAUGGAUGAGGCAAAGACAACUGCAAUAUACCGCCCAGGUAAGACGCUCAAAGAAGGUAUUCAGCAUUGGUAGUGGUCAAGCUUUGGAAUCCCAGGCUACUACAAAUUUAGCAGAUGAUUCUGAAGAGACUAAAAUGUCUGUUUUGACUAGCCAGCUUAUUCCAAAUUCAUCUGGGGUGGAAUCUUUGGUCAGAGAUAUAUGCAAUACAACUUCAAUUGCAGAGUUUGAAUUAAAACUUGGUGGAUUUCGGCUAUACAUAGUGAGGGACUUGGCGGGAAAAAGUGAACAUCCACCUGCGAUCCCAAGUCCUCCUCCUGUCAGUGUCAGCACCAAUAGAACUGUUGAAGCAACUGACUCAAAUGGGGCUGUUUCUUCACCUUCUUUAGCUGUCACCAAACCACUAUCUUCUUCAGGGAGAAUCCAAUCCUUACUUGAUAAAGCUGCAAAUGAAGGCUUGGUGAUGCUUCAGUCUCCGAAGGUAGGUUUCUUCAGGAGAUCACGAACCAUAAAGGGGAAGCGUGCUCCACCAUCGUGUAAUGAGGGGCAAAUAGUGAAGGAGGGCCAGGUUCUUUGCUACAUUGAACAACUAGGUGGUGAAAUUCCAACGGAGUCGAAUGUGUCCGGGGAGGUCAUAAAAAUUCUAAGAGAGGAUGGUGAUCCCGUAGGAUAUGGUGAUGCUCUUUUCGCACUACUCCCUUCUUUUCCGGGGAUAAAGAAGCUUCAGUAGAUAAUUUAGUUAAUUUGAUUGCUAUCCAAUCAUGGUGCUUAAUAGUUUAUCACAGAUGUAAGCUUUUAAUAGAAUGAAUACCACAUGACUCUAGCUAGCUCUAGCAUUCCUCCAGUGGUACGAGGAUUUAUUUAAAAAAUAAAAAUAAAAGCUCGAUCAAAGCAAAAUUUUCAUGUGAUCGACGAAUUUUUUAGUUGGAGAAACUAUUUCUUUAUUGGUUGUAAUUAAAAUUAAAAAUUAUUAUUAAAUCAAAUAAUUUUAUA